UCUUUCCUGGGAAAUUUAAAUGUUUAGUUCGGCUCACGUAUAAGCUUUUGGCUCUGCCUUGUUUGUAGCUGGGAUCCAGCGGUGCCGGCACUGCCUGAUUAUUCUCUGACAAGAUCGGAGAGACGCAAACCAUCACCUGGUGAAAGAACUGUUGUUAAAAACUAAAACUCGGUUUACGGAGGCUGCUGUCAUGGCUGUUGAUGAUUAUGAAGAGCUACUUAAAUACUAUGAGUUGCAUGAAACAAUUGGAACAGGUGGAUUUGCUAAAGUUAAGCUUGCUAGCCAUCUUACAACGGGUGAAAAAGUAGCAAUAAAAAUUAUGGACAAGGAAUCUCUUGGGGAUGAUCUACCUCGUGUCAAAACAGAAAUAGAUGCCAUGAAGAACUUGAGCCAUCAACAUGUUUGUAGACUUUAUCACGUUAUUGAAACACCAAAUAAAAUAUUCAUGGUCCUUGAGUAUUGUCCUGGAGGUGAGCUUUUUGACUACAUUAUUGCAAAGGAUCGAUUAACAGAGGAUGAAGCCCGUGUUUUUUUUCGUCAGAUUGUUUCAGCUGUUGCCUAUAUCCACAGCCAAGGAUACGCUCAUAGAGACCUAAAGCCUGAAAACCUUCUUAUUGACGAAGAUCAGAACUUGAAGUUAAUAGACUUUGGACUGUGCGCUAAGCCAAAGGGUGGCUUAGAUUAUCAUCUUAUGACUUGUUGCGGAAGCCCAGCUUACGCAGCACCUGAACUGAUCCAGGGUAAAGCCUAUAUCGGCUCUGAGGCUGAUAUUUGGAGCAUGGGAGUAUUAAUGUAUGCACUUAUGUGUGGAUAUCUUCCAUUUGAUGAUGAUAAUGUGAUGGUGCUGUAUAAGAAGAUAAUGAGGGGGAAGUAUGAGAUUCCAAAGUGGCUUUCUCCUGGCAGUGUGUUACUACUAAGCCAAAUGCUCCAGGUGGAUCCCAAGAAAAGGAUAUCAGUCAAGCAUCUAUUGAGCCACCCAUGGCUUAUGCAGGGUUAUUCCUGUCCUGUGGAAUGGCAAAGUAAAUAUCCUCUUGGCUAUGUUGAUGAAGAUUGUGUUACAGAACUCUCCGUUUUCUACAAGUGUAGUAGAACUAGCACUUCAAGAUUAAUUUCUGAGUGGAAUUAUGAUCAUAUCACAGCCAGUUACCUACUGCUUCAUUCAAAGAAGAGUCAUGGGAAGCCUGUUCGUCUAAAACGCCCACUAGCGGUUGGAGAUCAACCUGUUACCAGCUUCAAAGAACUCCGGCCAAAGAGCACACUAGAUUUUGAGGAACCUAAUUGUGGCGAAAUUGCAUAUGUCUUUGGAUCCAUGGAGUUCUCAGACGAUGAACUCUUUUCUGAAGACUUUGCAUACUCCUGCUUUGAACCGCACACCCCAAAAGAGUAUGUUAAAGGCCGUUCAGAAUUCCAUAGUGUGGAUUCUGCACCAUCCACUCCAGUGGUUCAACGUUAUGCUAGACACAAAAGUGAAGAUAAAGAGAACUGUGAUGCAGCAUUGGGCAAGGAUGAAAAUGUCUUUCUACACCCUGCACCUUGGACGCCUACUCCCAGAAGGAAGCAGAAUGAAAAGAAGGGUAUACUCACCACCCCCAAUAAAAACUCUCAUACAAAAGAGAAAAAUCAGUCAAAAGAAACGCCAACUAAAAAGCCUAUUACUACAGGAGAAGAGCUUGCAAAUGUCAUUAGCCCAGAAAGAAGAUGUCGCUCUGUGGAAUUGGAUUUAAACCAAGCGCAUGUUGAUAGUGCUCAGAAGAAAAAAGGAGCAAAGGUUUUUGGAAGCCUUGAAAGAGGCCUGGAUAAAAUGAUCACAAUGCUCACACCUAGCAAAAGGAAAGGAUACGCACGAGAAGGACCAAGAAAAUUAAGGGCCCAUUACAAUGUGACCACUACAAAUAUUAUGAAUCCUGAGCAGUUGCUGAAUCAGAUUGUAAAGGUGCUUCCAUCCAAGAAUGUUGACUAUGUGCAGAAAGGGUAUACUUUGAAGUGUAAGACUCAGUCAGAUUUUGGCAAAGUGACUAUGCAAUUUGAGCUAGAAGUAUGUCAGCUAAGCAAAUCUGAAAUGGUCGGUAUCCGGAGACAAAGGCUUAAAGGUGACGCUUGGGUUUACAAGAGACUAGUAGAAGACAUUCUCUCCAGCUGCAAGGUGUAAAUAUGUACAGUUUCCUCUCUGAUUCACAUGGUGUAAAGGACAUAUAUAGUCCCCACAGUAUCCAAUUGUUCUACUGUGUUUAAGAACUCCACAGUCUGUGAAUUAAUGUAAAAUAAUCCUAUAUUUUUUAAUGUUUGUUAAUGUCUGACUUUUAAUGUCUGUAGUUUGUCUAGAAAGAACCUAUUUCUCAAAUAAAUUAAAACUAUUCACAAUUUG